AUGGCUGAGAGUGUUGUAGGCUUUCUAAUUAAGCAGCUCUCCACCUUACUUUCCCAAGAGAGCACGCUUUUGGGAGGACUUCGACCAGAUGUUCAGUUCAUCAAAGAUGAACUCGGCAGCAUGAAGGCUUUCCUCCGACAAGCUGAAGCAAAGGAGGACGAUGACUCUCAACUCCAAGAAUGGGUAAAGCAGGUUCGAGAAGUUGCUUAUGAUACAGAGGACGUUCUCGAUGAUUUUGCCUUCCGCUUUGCUCGUGGUGAUGCAGAUGGAUUCUUUGGCCGUGUUGGCAAGAUCUACAACUCAAUAAAAAAUCUGAAUGCCCGCCAUCGGAUUUCUUUGGAGAUAAAAGAUAUCAAGGCCAGAGUUGUAGAGAUUUCUGCAAGGUAUCAGAGGUACCAGUCUCUGUAUGGUACUCAAGAAAUAGGCUCCAGCUCUUUGCACGUGGCAAGCGCAGAUUGUGAUAUUCGUGACCAAGCACUCCUAAUUGAAGAAGCUAAGCUUGUUGGCAUCGAUCAGCCCAAAAAAGAGCUCAUCUCCAAAAUCCUUGAUGACCAUUCCCACUUGAAACUAGUUUCAGUGGUGGGAAUGGGGGGACUCGGUAAAACCACCCUGGUGAAAAAGGUCUACGAUGAUGCUGCAGUGAAGAAACAAUUUCAGAGCCAUGCCUGGAUAACUGUUUCUCAAAAUUUUCAAUUCAAUGUCAUCAUCAAGGACUUGAUUCAACAAUUGUGCGAGGAAAUCAGACAGCCGGUGCCUCCGCAAGUGGAAUCCAUGAAUCGUGUUAGACUGAGUGAAUUUGUCAGAGACUUCCUCAAAGAAAGAAGGUACAUCCUUGUCCUUGAUGAUGUGUGGAGUCUAGAUGCCUGGGAAGCUAUCAAAUACAUAUUGUCGGACUGCAACAUCGCUAGUCGUGUUGUAUUAACAACGCGAAUUACCGAUGUAGCUUCUGCAUCCUGUUUAGCUUCCCAUGACUUUAUCCAUAAGAUGAGUCCUCUCUCUUAUGAUGAGUCUUGGACUCUUUUUUGCAAUAGAACAUUUCAGAGUAAUGGUUGUCCUUCAUAUCUAGAAGAAGUUUGUAGAAAAAUACUAAAAAAAUGUGAGGGCCUACCACUUGGAAUUGUAACAAUGGGUGGUGUUUUGGCUUUGAAGGAUAAGGAUAAGAUAGAUGAAUGGGAGAUGAUUUUUCGUGGCUUUGGCAGUGAGGUAGAUGGUAGCGGUAAGCUUGAUAGAAUUAGAAGGAUACUCUUACUUAGCUACAGUGAUUUGCCUCACCAUCUUAAAAACUGCCUAUUAUAUCUAAGUAUCUAUCCUGAAGAUCAUCCAAUUAAUGUCGAAAUUUUACUUGGUAAAUGGAUAGCACUAGGAUUUGUAGAAGAGGAAGAAGGAAUGACGGCCACUGACAUUGCUAUGAGAUAUCUAAAAGAACUCAUCAACAGAAGCUUAAUCCAAGUUAAAGACACAUGGUACGAUGGCAGAUUGGUGAAAUGUGGUCUUCAUGAUAUUUUGCGCGAAAUCAUUGUUUCAAAGUCUAAAGAGCAGAGCUUCACAGCCAUAAUCACUGGAUAUUGCACAAGAUGGCCUGACAAAGUUCGACACCUGGCAAUCCAUAGCUUCACUGAUAAUCCUCCACAAGGCUUCAGCAGCUUAAAGUGUCUUCGGUCCGUGGAAACAUUCGGGAAUAAAGAUUCUCUCACAACUUCAUUGUUGUCCAAGUUUUUUGUGGUGGUCCCAAGUUCCUGA